UGCCGCCUACGCCGCCUGCUGCCGCGUCGCGGUUACCAAGGGCUAGAAAAGGUAGUGGUAGGCGCCACCGUGGAGCCGCUCGGACAUCCCCGGGAGGGUCGUAGGCGCGCUGCCCGCGUCGCCGGGACGCAGCCUCUGCGGACGCCUCGGAGGCGGAAGCGACGACGGAGGCAGGUGAAGAAACAAAAAAAAAAGGAAGUCAAGGGGUCUUUCCCAAGGUUGAAGAUCAAGGAGAUGACCUCUUCAGGAAUAUACAAGCUGGAUAAUGGGAAGCCUUACCUGAACAACUGCUUUCCAGCCAAAAAUCUCCUUCGGACUCCAGAAGAAGGCCGAGGACACUGGUUAGUGGCUCGGAAAUGUAACCUCAAGAAGAAGCCCAAGAGUGUGCUUCAGGCACCAUCUGACAGUCAGGAAAUCCAGAAGAAGGUUUCUUUUGAGGUCAGGGGGAAGAAAGGGUCUCAACAGGAAAACCAAGAGGACAUUCCUGGGCAUGUGCUGGACCAGGCUUUUCUGCUGAAGCACCAUUGUGUGAGGAAGCCAUCAGACCUGUGCAGUGUUAAUGUGAGCGGCCUGAAGUUCUCCAAGGCUAAGGAAAAGGACUUCAAGCAUUUUCAUUCUGUGAUUUACAUCAAUGCCUCAGAAAACCUGCUUCCUCUAGAGGCAUUUCAUACAUUUCCAACAUUAAAGGAACUGGAGCUUGCAUUUAAUGGAAUUAAAACAGUCUAUGUGAAAUAUGGAGACUUUAAGUUCUUGGAAUUCCUGGACCUUUCCUUCAACAGUCUGACUGCAGAGGCCAUUUGUGAUCUGGGGAUUUUGCCACACCUCCGUGUCCUACUCCUCACGGGCAAUGGGCUCACCUCCCUGCCACCCAAUUUGGCUGUCACAGAACAGGAAGCAUCUGUAACAUCACUGACAAGGAGGAGGUACAUCUUGAGGUUCCCAGCGCUGGAAACACUGAUGCUGGAUGACAACAAGCUCUCCAGCCCCAAUUGCUUUGCCAGCCUGGCUGGGCUCAGAAGACUGAAGAAGUUAAGCCUGGACCAAAACAGGAUUUUCCGGAUCCCAUACCUACAGCAAUUUCAGCUUCGUGAUGGGUCAGGGGACUGGGUUGGAGGCAAGGGGAAUCCCCACAAAGAGCCCCAAUCCAUGCGGCAGCCCAAAUCGUGCAUAUUUGAGGCCUCAGAUGAGCAACCAGAUUAUACUGUACUGCCCAUGAAGAAGGAUGUUGACCGGACAGAGGUUGUAUUCUCAUCUUACCCUGGAUUUUCAACCUCAGAGGCAACCAAGGUACGUGCAUUUCCUCCCAUAUUCGAGAUUCUUCCUGUGAAGUCACUGAAGAUCAGGAACCAGACGCUGGCCCCGCCCUUUCCAGAGCUGAGGUACCUUAGCCUGGCCUACAACAAGAUCGCAAAGGAAGAUGCCAUCCUGCCAGUAGCUCUUUUCCCGUCUCUCUGCGAGCUCAUCUUUCAUAACAACCCUCUGGUGGCCCAUACACGAGGGAUCCCUCCACUGCUGAAAAGCUUCCUCCAGGAGCGGCUGGGGAUCCACUUGAUUCGAAGGAAGAUAGUAAAAGCUAAGCAUCAUAUUUUGAUGCCUCGGAAGGACUCUCGGAAGGUAAAAACCCAAGUCCCAAAGGUGCCAAAGCAGCCUCUAAUUCUCCAUCAUCCACCUGUGACCAUAGUCAAGUCUUCCUCAAAGGAGAUGCUAGAGUCUGAUGCAGGGCCAACUAAAGAGCCAUUGGCUGCCAGAAGCAGUCCUCUGGAGCAGAUGCCUGUCGAAGGCCUGGAGGGCCUUUCCCUGUCCCACCGGACCUUCGUGCCAUUGCCUCCCAUCUGCUCUGAUUCCACCGUGCAUAGUGAAGAGACCACAUCCCAAGAGAAUGACAGACCCAGCCACCUCAGCCCGGACCAGCCAUCAGACGAGGACACCAAGAGCAUGGAGUCCAUAUUCUUGACCCAGGUGAACGAGCUGCCUCCCUCCAUCCUCCCGAGGGAUGAUUCAGCCAUGAAGAAGGAAGGGCAAAGACCACCCCAUACAGCUCCCAGAGAGGUAAAGAGGGCUUGGAGGAAGCUCCCAACUGCCUCCCUCUCCAGCAAGUACCAUGGCUACGAGGAGCUGCUGACAGCCAAGCCUGAUCCAGCAUUUAUUGAGCCAAAGGGAAUCCAGAAGAACACACAGGCGCUGCAGCACAUGCUCAAGUACCCCCUGCUGUGCCGCUCUUCCAAGCCCAGGCUGGAUAAGCUUCAGAAACACUAUGUUCCCAAGGAGAAACGGGCCCAGAGGAUCCCUGUUCCCCCACCUCGGAAGACUCGAGCCCAGCUGCUGGAUGACAUCCUCAUUCGCAUGCGGGAUCCCCGGAACAUUACUGAGGCUCCUCUAGGAGCUGUCCUGCGCCAGCGGACUGAGCAGCGACUGAUGAACCAGAAGCAAUACCUGGAGGCCAAGAGGCUGCUGAAGGAGUUUCGGGCCCGCUACCGGCAACUGGUGCACUGCUCACUGCGAACCAUGUUCAGGGCCGCGGCGCCGCCCCCAGGCCGCCCGGCACUGCGUGAGGGCCAGCCUAGGUUCAGCCGCUUCCUCCAAUUCAUGGAUGAGUUCUGCCAGGAGCCCACGGCUAGUGACUCGAAAGGCUAAGGGCUGCGCACAGGGCCAUGCACACUGCCUGUGCCCUCUGCCCUUUGCAGGCUCCGAGCCCCGGACCGCACCUUGGGGUUGGGUGGCCAGGUACAGGCCUCAGACCUUGGCUUGGCCUUGCUUGCUGGCUGCAGAGAGGGGGCACUGGUCAGGACCUCCCCUCCCCAGCCUGGGCAGGACCCAGCACCUGGCCCGGCAGCAAUAAAGAGCGGGUGCAUAGAGCAAGGUAGCCUUCCUUGUGGAUUGGGCUAGAGAAAGAUCCUGGCUGAUGUACACAUCCUUCAGGAAACCUGCCUGAGUCACACCUGUCCACCAGCUGUGACGAGCACUGGGGUGGAAGACAAGGGGGUUGAUGCAACAGAAAAGCAGCAGACUCUAAGGCUCAGAGGAUGAACAAACCAUCCAUGGCCAACAAAGUGCACAUGUUGCGGGGGUAGGAGGCAAAACUAAUGCCUCCAGAAAAGGGGCUUUUGUUUUUGGUUGGACAGCUUUUUCUACAAUGAGGGCAAAUGGAGAGGAGGGAGAAGAGAGGACUGGAAUUCCCUUAGCAGAUGGCCAUGGCCACAGAGUUGGGACAGGCUGAGGGGAGGGCUUGCAUGGAGUUUCCUAAGGUCCUCUAUUCCAGGACACCAGCUGAGGUCCCGUACUGCAAACACGGUAGCUCUAAAAUGGAUCCUGGGGCUAUGCGAGGUCAGCCUGGGCUCACAGGUAAACUGGUUCUGGUCAAGGCAGCCUGUGGGGUUGCCCCUUUUUGUGAGUGUCCAACAGUCAGCACCUGCUCCAGAGAUGGAUCUAGAGGAGGCCAUGGGGACUGAACUCCAGAGAUUUGCAUUUGGGGGUGGACACUGGGUGUCACUAGUCUCCCAGGCGACCUUUGCUCCCAAGGCUACUCUCCCGGGGGGUACCAGGAAUCAGUGGCACAGGGAUUAAGGAUCCUCGGCAAGGCACAAACUCCUACAACUUAAGUUGCUAUUAAGGUGAUCCUUGAGCUAGAAUCUUGUCCUGCAGCCACAGAUCUGACAAGCACGGUGGCAUGUCUGCUGUGAGCGUGAAACUGUUAGGGCACAGAAAUACCUGCUCGCUCUCCUACUUGGCCACACAGUCUCACACAUGGGACCAGCUGUGGUCAUGCCAGACGCAUACAUCUGCAUUCACACAAGUCACACAACAUAAUCACAUAUGCAGAGCUAGUUGCAAAGUCAGUUUUGUCAUGCUUGUUGACACGGGCACCUGGACAGAUACACGAGCUACAGGGUCGCCCAAAGUGGCACUCACAAUGCAGCAUGUUGCUGACUCACCACCUUGGAUCUCUUGGGGCCCCAAACGCCCUUGGCCAUAACAUUAGGAAGGAGAACCACCCCGACGGUGACCCUGUAAGCCGUGCUCGGUCCCAGUCCCAGAGAACUGGAUUGCACCUUUCAGCUACAAACGGUUACCAACCAUAGGCUCUCUGGCUUGAAAGUCUCCUGGGAACGUCCUAGCCCAGCCUCAAGACCCGAAGCCUCUUGCAGUGCCCCUAAAAGAUACUUCAGCUCCUGCCUGCACCCCUAGUGAUGGGGAACUCAUUCCCGUCCAAAGACUGUGCCUUCCCUUAUCGGUAAAGCUAUUGGGCGGUUCUAGCCACUGGCAAAGCUAUCUGCCUAAGUGCCUCGGUGCUCUUGGAGCUGCUGUUUGUUCCAACGUGAGAACAUCCUGAAGAGGCUCCAUCUAUCCAGACCAAAUACUCUUAAACUUUCUCCGUUAUUCUACACGGGAUACCAUCUGAAUAAAUUAGUUGCCCCUCCUAGUGCCUGUUGUAAGUAUGUGAGGGUAUCCCACGGUCUACUCACCCAUCCUCCCGUGCAGGUGGCCUGCUGCAUCUCUGGAAGCCAUACAAUUGUUUAUCAAUGGUGUCCAUUCUUUUCUACCUCUGGAGUUGCCAGGAUUUGAUGUUUAACCCUCAUUUUGCUAUAUGAUAAAGGGCAGGCCAUUUAACCUUACCCACAGCACCAGUGGGGUUUUCAAUCUCUGGCUCCUUCAGGUGUUAAAAACAUACUUUGAGGGCUCUUGAGCGAGCAAAUUUCAGUCACUUGGUUUCCUGAAUUUUAUCCUUUUUUGAAGAAAUACUAACUGGUCCUCAUCUCAAGGAGUAAAACCUCUGACUAGAAUUGUCAAAUGAACAUGAAUUCAUAACGAAUCAGGGAAACCUUUUGGGUGGCAUCUACCUUCCCUGCUGCCAGCACAGUUACUCUCCCCAGCACAUCUGCCACUAGAUGCUCUGACCCCCUGGGCUGCUUUCACCCAGUGCCCCCUUCCUUCUCCGUAAGUAGAUGGGAAGCUGGCUGCCACACUCUUCUGAGCCUUCUCCAACCUUCUAACAAGAGCAGACCAGAAGUAAUUUCUCCAUUAAUGCUCAGAACCAGGUAGGGCCAUCCUGCUUUCCUAGGCACUUCUCCAAGAUGCCAGUAACUGCCUGGGAGCUGGAUAUGGCCAAGGAGAGGGCACUGAGAACUGAUCUAGAUACAAACUGUGUCUCACAAUCCUGGCUGCUGUAGAAUACUGCCCCCCACCCCCACCCCGCCGCCACUGCCACCGCUGACGGUGGGUGUAGACGGGAAGAUUCUGGUCUCUCUCCCUGGCCAGGGAGAUCCAACCCAAAAAGCAACUGGAAUCUUAGAGUUCGCCAAGCCCAGAGUGGGAGGAUGGCACCAUCUUGAGGUGACUGAGCCAGGGCAACAGGAAAAGCAAGCAAUCAGUGGCUUUGGAGUUAGAGGACCCAACUUCCAGGCUGUGUUCGGGCCAGAGUUUCCCAUCUAUAAAGGAGGGCUCCCCCUUCACCACACUGGGCUAUCAGGGAGUCCAUGAGUCCAAUACUUUAGGGGCCAAGGGACCAUCACAUUCGUUCUUAGACCUCCAAGCAGCUGCCUUAUUUCUGGCGAGUCAUUUUAAAGACCCUCUAUUGGAAAAGUCUUGAGCCAGAUUUCAAGGCCCCGUAAGUAGUGGUUUAGCACGUAUGGCAUGUCUUACAUCAGUCCUUCAAAUUGGGAAACAUUUGUUCUGUGAUGAGAAAUGGAUGACACCAAGGGGAUUUUGAUGAAUUCCUGAGCGGUGCUUUCAAAGCCAGUAUUUUUAAAAUCAGACGUUCUGAGUGUGGCCUCAGACAAUGUCAUCCUGUACGUUUGUUCUUUACUCUCUCUCUCUCUCGUGCCCUCAUUAGGAGUAAGAACAGUUGAAUAGAAUUGGGUUAUAAAUUGGGAAUAGCAGACCCCAGACACAACACACCAGGGAAUCCCAUUUUGCCUCUUAAUUUCUCCCACCAUUUUGAAUGUAAAAGCAAGACAUUUCAAUGUGGCGCAACUCCCAAAGACAGCACCAAAAAUCAGACACACCUAGUCUAAGCUUAGCCCCAGUUUACCUGUGAUUGUGCUCUAGAAGUUAAGAUUUUGACUAGAAACAAUACUCACUUUCAUGAGUUUGCCUUACUGUAUUCUCAACUUGGGCCUCUCCUCAGGCAGGCAAACAGACACUGAAGAAUGUACUUUGGUACGGUUUAAAUAAACAACACAUCAUCCCA